GUUGAAUAGUUGAUGUUUGUUUGGGAGCUGAGUGACUGAGUCCUAACGUAUUCUAGAGCUCCCGGAAUCGUUAAAAUAUUUGACUUCUUUUAACCGAAAUUAACUCAUUAUUCGCAGCUUGUUUGUAACUCUAGCAAUAAAAGAAAUGGAGUCCCUGACAGAAAAUGAAAUAAAACUUUUUAAAAAUGAAUUUGAAAAAGAAUUGGUGCGCUUGCAUGAAAGCCACGAUUCUCCCCACAGUCAUUGGUCUAGACUUAUUAUGCCUCGUCAUAAAAUUGACCAAAUUAUUCAACAUUUAAAGGGAAGGUCAAUUUUCCCUCCUGGGAAAAUGAAAUCAUGGAUUGAGUCCCGGAAGUUCAAAGUAUUCAACAAACCAUCACUUGGUCUUGCUGAUGUUCUUAUGGAACCAACCAAAGAGAAAGUGGUUGCUCUUGGCGAGUCAAGUGGAUCUGAGCUGCCUCGCUACCUGCGAGUGGUGCCAAGAGAGGACAUAUUUGACACUCUCCUCAAGAUUCAUUUGAAGCAUAACCAUAGCACUCUUAGAGAGACUGCACAUUUGGUACGAAGUGUUAUUUCCAACAUCCCGCGAUACCUGGUGCACAAGUUCAUUCUAUUGUGCCCUGUUUGCUCCAACAAUGGAGCCUCGGGCAACAGCUCAGGACUGCCAUACACGCCAUCCCGCCGCUGCAUGAUCAAGGCUCGUCGCCGCCGCAAGCUCAUGGAUCAGUUCCAGGUGGAUGUGCUGGAUUUGAAGGAUAACCCAGAUGGUAGUUACCGCUACAUACUCCACUGCAUGGAUCACAUCACCGGUUUCCACUGGCUCUUUCCUCUGGCAGCAAUUGAUCCUGCAGAGGUUGCGCAAAAUCUUGUCUGGGGAAUUUUUUCCCUAUUUGGCUUCCCAUCCGAGCUUGUUUCAGACUACGGCAAGGAGUUUGCAAGCGCUGUAAUAGAAGAGGUGACUCGCUUAUGGCCGGACGAGUUGCAGAUCAAGAACUACCUGGAGGGGAGCUCCUACAAGGGCGACGUGUCGAGACGCAACACACGCAACGUCACGCGCUUCAUUGAGCACAUGGCGGCUCAGAAGGCGGCGGCUGGCGACUCUAGACUCAAGUGGUCUGAGUGGUUGCCUGAAAUACAGUUUCUGCUGAACUCGACGAUUCUAGAUGUCCGGACGGGCAAGACGCCUUACGAAAAAGUCUUCCGUAUGCAGCCUAUUACGCCGCCUCUUAAACCCAAGCUUGGUCCCGCCCCAGGGGAGGUCCCUAGCAGGAAAUACACUCCCAAGCGUCGCCGACACCACCUCAAGUACACGCCAGAGUUCCUAACGGAAGACGUCAUCGAUCACGCCAAAGUGCUAACAGUGGAUGAUGACGAUAUUCCAGAUGUUGCAACUCACGCAGUCGUUGCUGCAGGACCAACGGUUAUCUUGGAUGGGGCCGGCGAACUUCAUGAAAUGCAUGAUCUCACAUCAAACGUGUCCGGCAUUAUGGAUAUAACGUCUGGUAUGGAGGAUGUUGCUGCUCCAGUUGCUGCCAUGCAGGAGGUCGUUGCAACGACAACGUCGUCGGAUGCUAAUUCCGGCAACGUUGUCGUUGUGGACAUUGCUGGGGUUGAGCAUACGGUGGAGAACUCUGUGGUUACGGACGGCUACGUUACAACUGACGAUCGUGUGACAGCAGCUGAUCACGUGAUGACGCAGUUCAUGUCGCCUGGGGAUGCCUACAAUUUCGGCGCUGCGGGUGCCUCCUACUCCCUUCUGCCGUCUGCUGGGGACCACGAAGGCGUUGAUGGUUCGUACGAAGUCACGACGGACGAUGCCACGGUCGAGAUGACCUUUGUUGACGACUCGUCUUACGAGCCACGUCUCGAGGACGCGCAGGAUGACGAGGUGACGUACAUGGAUGAGACCAGCGCUGCUGAACGGUGCGUCACAUUGUCGGCUGAUGGACGCCAGCUUGAAGUCGCUCAAAUUAAGCCUGCGCCUUUGCCUGUCAAGAUCGGGGCAAGAACGAAUCAGAGGUACAGGAUUGAGCCCUUCAGCCGUACUGUUGAGUAUGUAGAUGACGGCAGCAUAAAGAGUCGUGCAGUUGAGUUACUAGACCAACGGUUGCAGAAACACACACAUACGAGUGUAUUGAGCCCCACAAAGAGCAAGCGUGUCAUACAACUCAGUGAUAAGAGAAAGUCAGGCACUGCGAUGCCAAAGACGAUCAUCAAAAACAUCGAGGUGACGUCAUAUGGCCCUGGCACAAACGAACCCCGUGAAUUGUCUGCUGUGCAGCGCGCUCAGUUUGUUCGGAGCAAAGUUCCUUCACUAAAGAUGCCUUCAGAGUAUUCUCCCAAACCCAUUAUUACUUCUAAUAAGUUUCUGGCCUUAACAACAGGACAGUCUACUAAAUCAACCGUAAGUGUGACUAGCACCAGCGAGUUAGUUUCCGAGGAGCAGCCCCAAAAUGUGUCUGAAGUAUUACCGGCCUCUAAAUGUUUGCCCGGAGAGGGUUCAUCGCCGGCAAUGUUUGCGAAUAAGAGUACCUCCAAAGCGGCUAGUAAAAGUAAGGUAAGUGACAGAGGUUUCACAGGAUUCCUAAGCUCCAAGCUAGACGACAUUCCACGGAAAGACGGGAUGUUUCAAGUUGACUUUGAUUCUUCAGACGAAGACGAGUUUGAUGGUGUGCUCAGCGGCGACGAAGGUGAAGAGAUUUUCAUGUAAAGUCAUUAGACCGCUAUUCCUAUUGCAUUGUAAUAUUUCUCAAGUGCUGAGUCUUUAUAUACGCUGCAAUUUUCAUAUACUAUUAUCGAUUUUUUUCUAGUUUAAAAAUGAGGCAAAAAAAAACGAGUUACAGGAGACAUUUCUAUAAAAAUAUUGACGUCAUCGGAGUCACAAUGGAGUGAGAUAUAUCUCAAUCAACAUGAAUAUCCAUACUGACCCCCUUUACGAUCGAAAAUAGGAUACUCGCUUUGAAAAUCUGACUAUCACUUUCACUUGAACCGUUCAGUCUCGCAGUAAAAUGAGAGAAGAAAAUUGAUUAACGCAUAAAAUUAUUAGACCAGAGACUGCGCUAAUAACCGUCUAUACAGAAAAGAUCCGAUAAACAAGUUUCGGAACCAUAGCACAUUUAUAAAAUAUCACGUAAUGGUUGUUAAAUUUUCCGUUCAUGCUUUUUCCCAUGAUUAUGUAUAUCACUAAAAAUGAUAGCUUGUAUCAAAGGGUAACUGAUUCGAUAGUUGUUGAUACGUCAUCGUAGAUGCUUCCAACCCCGAUACCCUGGAUAUUAUAUAAAUUGGACAUUUCAUAUGUUGGUGUAAAAUCAUGAGGCCUUUCAUGAAAUGAAUUGCAUUAAACGAUGAAAAUUGAAUCGACUUUUUACAUAUCAAAACGUAGCAAUUCUAAAUAAAAUAUCGAAUUUAAUUCUUCAUUUCAAAACUUUAGGAUAGAUGGUGGUCUGAGCGAGUCUUCCUUUAAUUGGUAGUAUGACAUAGCUUUAAAAAUCUAAUCAGUGCCUGGAGGAAUUAUUCGAAAAAUGCAUUCAUUAUAUUUUCCUUGUAGGCUGGAAAAUGACGAUUCGAUGUUUUUCAGGCCGAGUUCACAGCUAGUCUCAUGUUAGUCCACAAUAAAUGUUUAAACUAUGUUUACGUCCGGCCAAUCGUAGUCAAUAACAUCAAUCGAAAAAAUAUCUCGUAGAAUACAAACAUUUAUAAG